CCCAAAUCAAAGAGACCAGGUUUUUUCUUGCCGUUGAGAAAUCAAAGAAAGUAAAACGAACGCAACAGAAAUCUAUUUCCAGAUUCCAUCCAAGAGUAAUACAAAACAAGUUACCAUUCUGACUUUGAUAACAGCUUGAGAUCAGCAUUCUUAACUGCAAACAAGAACUCAUGGCAACCCCAGCUCAUCGCCUGAUCCAAGAUCAGAACCUAAACUUUCUCUACAGCACUACUCCUGGGGGAAAGACUGAUGUAACCAAAGCAGAUAAGAGAGGAGGUCUUGGUGGAAGGAGAGCACUUAAUGACAUAUCCAACUCAAGAAACCCUUCUUCGUUUCACUCCAAGAAGAAAGAUAGCUCCAUAAAUGUCAUCUCUAUUGACAAACAUCCUUCAACUGUGAAAGGAGAGUCAUCCAAGGCAGCUGAGAAAGGUAGAGUUGGUGGUAGGAAAGCACUCAGUGACCUCACAAACUCCGUUAAGCCACGUCCAAAGCAGAUCCCAAGUUUGGGGAGGAAAUUGAAUGCUGUUGCAGAAGAAGCGAAAGAUGGUUUUCUACACAAUCAUCAGGGAUGCAUCAAAGCUCAGACGAUGAGUGUUGACAAGGACUACUUCUUGAAGACAGUAGGACUGGCUAAUGAUAUUGCUGCACUGCCAUCAGCUAGGAAGGCGCUUCCAUUGUCAUCAAAGAAGCUGGAGGGUUAUGUGAAGCAUCCUACAAUGGAAGAGCUGCUUGAGCUCCCUAGCUGCUUAUCGCCUGCUUGUCGAUCUCCUCAGUCACUGAAGGGGCCAUAUACGAUGUACAGGGAGGAUGACUAUUUUACUGAUCUGAUGAUGAUCGAGACGCCUAAGCUCAAGUAUAGCGGUUUCUGAUAAUCUGUUUUAUCAUGCUGAAGCUUACUUGUAGAUUGACUGCUGCUGAAGGGCUUACCUUUGUAUGCCUUUGUUUUGCUGCUUCUUGGUGUAGUUGUUAGUACAUAUGUUCAGCUAGCUUAUCAGCUAGCAUUUUGCAAGAAAUAUGGUCAAUUGGAUAA